UCUUUGACCAGUCAAUCAAGUCACUUGAUGUGCAACAAGCUGCUGAAAUUGUGGAGACCAGAAACAACAACACUGAGUUCAUCAUGCACAACAAAGACUGGAACAAAGAAGAACAUGUUGGCUCCCAGAUCUGUAUCAACCUUCUGGGAAAAACGGAUGGCAAUAUUAUCCCUUCCGCCACAGUCUACAUCGCCGGUAUGGACGGUCCUACUGAUCAGCCGCCUACGGCUGGACCACAAAACUCCCUACUUCCAGGAAGUAGUGGGCAGACACCCGGCAUCGGUGCAACGUCCGGCGUCGGCGCCACGUCAGCUCCUUUUGUGACAUCAGGCACCGGUAUUGGUGGCGGUGAGGAAGUUAUCACCAACAAGAUGCAGAUAUACAACGACUGGGGUAACAGAUUCGAAGCCGAAUUUAGUUUUCCUGUCCACCAGAGGAUAGAGGGGUGGGAAGUAGCCAUCAACUUUUCAGAGCCUGUGGACAAACUGGAUAUGUGGGUAGCUGAUGUAUACAAAAAGUCUGCCGAUGGUAAAACCUGGGUGGUCAUCAACAAGCAGGAUCAUGUCUUCUUUGACAAAGGGGACACCAUCAAACUCCGCUUCUUCGGCAACACACAGGCGUCGUCCGCCCCAUCUGCUGUUGCUACACUCACCAACCUCGGCCACGACGACAAUGGAUUCCCUAAUGUCAAAAACACCGAAGGCACCAAGUACAACUACGACGAAGUCCUCUACAAGUCCAUUCUGUUCUAUGACGCUCAGAGGUCAGGCAAACUUGCGGCCAACAACCCCAUCCCCUGGAGAGGAGACUCCGCCCUAGGAGACAAGGGAGAUAAUGGGGAGGACCUCACUGGAGGAUGGUAGGAUGCUGGUGACCACGUCAAGUUCAACUUCCCCAUGUCGUGGUCCACCACCAUCCUCACCUGGAGUCUGCUGCAGUGGAAGGAGGCGUACGUGGAGUCCGGCCAGUACGACAACAUGCUGGACAGCAUCAAGUGGCCGCUCGACUACCUCCUUAAGUGUCACACAGCCAAGACGAACUCUAUGUACAGGUAAGUUGGAAACGGAGGGGCAGACCACAGUUUCUGGGGACGACCGGAAGACAUGAAAAUGGCCAGACCCGCGUUUAAGAUCACCCCUUCAAAACCCGGAAGUGACGUAGCUGGACAAACUGCAGCUGCCUUUGCCGCAGGAUCGAUGGCAUUUAAGGACAAAGGUAGAGAAUAACAAUGAUCUAGAUCUCUCUGAUCAGCCGGAAUAUGCA